GAGAGAGAGAUAGAGAAAGAGAGAUUUUGAGCCCUACAAAAAAAAUAAAAAAAUAAAAACACUUUGCAUGUAUGAUAUCAUCACUAUCAUAUCCUCUUCAUCUUGUUCUUCUACCAUGGACUUCACACCUUCUCAUCACACUUUCAUGUUUCAAACCCAUGAAGAUCAUGACCAGUUCCGUUCAACUAAUUCAACCUCUCUCAACACCUUUCCAUCUUUACCACCCCAACACUUUCAAGGGGUUGGUGCAGCUUUCAUGAUGAAGCGAUCUAUGUCAUUUUCAGGCAUAGAGAGCAAGUGUGAUGAAGUGCAUGUUGAUGAUGAUUUAUCAGAUGAUGGAUCCCAAACUGGGGAGAAGAAGAAGAGGUUGAGUUUGGAACAAGUGAAGGCACUUGAGAAGAGUUUUGAGGUUGGGAACAAGCUUGAACCUGAAAGGAAAAUGCAGCUUGCUAAGGCUCUUGGUUUGCAACCAAGACAGAUUGCUAUAUGGUUCCAGAACAGAAGAGCAAGGUGGAAAACCAAGCAACUUGAGAAGGAAUAUGAAGUUCUCAAGAAACAAUUUGAAGCUGUUAAGGCUGAUAAUGAUACCCUUAAGGCUCAGAACCAGAAACUACAUGCAGAGUUACAAGCUCUAAAGAGCAGGAGUUGCUGUGAAACAAGAACAAUUAGCCUCAAAAAAGAAACUGAGGGUUCUUGGAGCAAUGGAAGUGAAAACAGCUCAGAUAUUAAUUUGGAUCUCUCAAGAACACCAAUCAUGAAUAGUCCUGUAUCUUCUCAGAAUGGUAAAAGCCUUCUUCUAUCCACUACUUCCCUAAAACCCACCAGCAUAACCCAACUCCUCCAAUGCUCAUCAUCAAGAUCAGAUCUUCAAGAUGAAAGCUUAUGCAACAUGUUUCACAACAUUGAUGAGCAGCAGAAUUUUUGGCCCUGGCCUGAGCAGCAACACCAUUUUCAUUGAACUCCAAAAAAAAAAAGAUUUUAAGACAUCAAUGAUUUGAGGGUGAAAUUAAUUGAGAAGAAGAAAGUUCAUUAGACUUAGUUUCAAACUUUUUUCUGCCAGUUUUUUUUAAUUUAUGUUUUUAAUGUAGAUUGGUGUAUAAAGUUUGAACAAAAUCCACUUAUGAGGAGGUGGUGGACUUUGAGUAGUGCAACUUCUUUCCCACUAGACUUUUACUAUAUUGCAAAAUAUAUAUAUGUUUUUGCUAGGUUGAAAUAAAAUAUUAUGAAAUA